AUGUCGCGUGCAAUUCCGCCGUCAUCACGAAAUCCACAAAUGCCAGGUACUAGCAGUGGUCGUCCCAUUGGCACGGCUACUCGCUUGACAACUGCUAGCGGACAACGUCCGGUUAGUCGAGGUGGUCCACUUGGUUCGAAUAUGCGUAUCAAAGUCGAAGACACGCCGAUGAAUCGAGGUGGGUUAGGAGGCAUUCAUAAUGCAUCUGGAUUUGGUGGUCGUCAAGUACAAGAUCGAACAUAUUUCGUUGGUCUCGUUCGGUCGAAGGUAACGGAACUCGAAGCGGAGAUCGAACGUUUGCAACGUGAAACAGAUUCAUUUACCGAAGAUAACAAACAAUAUUUUGCGCUGAGCAAAGCUGCCGAAGAUUUAUCACAACAAAUCGAAAGUUUACGCAAUGAAUUAGGCGAUUACAAUAUGAUCAUCGAUCGAUUACAAACAACAGGUGAAGUGGCUGAAUUAAAGAAAGAAUACGCUGAUUUAAGUGCACAUAAUCACCACGUUGAAUCGAAUAUCGAUGAGAUUUAUCUCGAAAAACAGAGGAAAGAGGAACGCAUUCAACGUUUAGAACGUGACUUGAACGAAGAGAAGAAGAAAUCUGAACGACUCUUAGAAAAUAUGAAUCCUGAGUUUAAACAACGUUAUAGUAGAAUUAAAUCUACAUCGAAUCAACUACAAAGUCAAAUGGAUUCAAUGCAAAACGAGAUCAGUACUCUCGAGAGUCGUAUGAACAAAAUGCGUGAACAAAUGUCAGGUGCAGUUAUCAAACAAGAAGCGUUAUCUUUAGUUGAACAAAUUCAUGAACUCGAAUUAAAACGGGAUCAUCUCAUGAACGAAAGUAAAAAUACCCUAACUCCUGAACAAGAGCGACAGAAACUAACUCAACAAGUUAAAGAAGACAAUCAAGAAGUCGCUGCAAUGGACAAACAAAUCAAUGAGUUAAAGGAACGAAAUGAGUACUUGAAACAAGUCUAUGAGACUGACGAUGCGCCCUCGUCGUUAUUAGUUGAACAACAGAAUAAAACAUCAACGGUCGAUGAUGACACGAAGCAGAAAUAUUUAGAAUUGAAAAAACGUGAACAACAAAUCGAUGAUUUUCAAGUGACAUACGAGCAACAACAUGAUCAGCAUCUCAGCGACAUGAAAGCGAUUCAAAAGAAUAAUCUGACAUUAUUAGGAAUAAUCAGUCGUUCGUUAGUGAAAGGUGAUCAAAUGUUAACCAGAGACGAUUAUACUCAAUUGAAAACGAAUAUUGAUCAGCAUGAAGCGGAGAAGAAGAAAUCAAACGAUACAUUGGCAAUUCUGGCUGAACAGCACCGCAAAGUCAAACAGGACUAUGCGAAGUUAGAAACACUUGAUCAAAAACUAACAGAUGAAUUGCAAGAUUUGAAAAAGCAAUACGCGAAAAUGCAGGAAGAUUUAGAGAAAUUCAACGAUAUCGAAGGCUUGAAACGAAAAGCUGAAAAACGUAAAAUACAACUGGCGGCAGAUAAAGCUAACAUGGGUAAACAAAGACAAGUGACGAAAGCGGAAAUUCAAACUUUACAAUCUCAAUUCGAGGCGGCACAAAGCCAAUUACGCGAUAACGAAACGCAUCAACAAUUAAUUGGCCUUGAAAAGAAACUGCAAACUAUUGCACAGACAUUGUUUACUCUGGAUGAAUCUCUUGCCUCACAAAAUGCAAGUGGCCAGUACGAACAGGUGAAGCGACAAGCACUGGAACUUGUUCAAGCUCAUAAUCGUUGGUUAACGCAUCACUAUCAAAACUUUCCUCUAGCUUAA